AUGUCACCCGAAAGUUUUACUACAUCCCUACCCCUGUUGUUAUCCCUACUCCUGUGUUCAUCCCUAACCCUCUGGUCAUCCCUACCACUGUUGUCAUCCCUACUCCUGUGUUCAUCCCUAACCCUCUGGUCAUCCCUACCCCUGUUGUCAUCCCUACCCCUGUGGUCAUCCCUACCCUGUGGUCAUCCCUACCCUGUUGUCAUCCCUAACCUUCUGGUCAUCCCUACCCCUCUGGUCAUCCCUACCCCUGUGGUCAUCCCUAACCCUCUAGUCAUCCCUAACCCUCUGGUCAUCCCUACCCCUGUGGUCAUCCCUAACCCUCUAGUCAUCCCUACUCCCGUGUUCAUCCCUACCCCUGUUGUCAUCCCUAACCCUCUGGUCAUCCCUACCCCUGUGGUCAUCCCUAACCCUCUAGUCAUCCCUACCCCUGUGGUCAUCCCUACCCCUGUGUUCAUCCCUAACCCUGUGGUCAUCCCUACCCUCUGUCAUCCCUACCCUUGUGGUCAUCCCUACCCUCUGGUCAUCCCUACCCCCGUAGUCAUCCCUAACCCCCUGGUCAUCCCUACCCCUGUGUUCAUCCCUAGCCCUCUAGUCAUCCCUACCCUUGUGGUCAUCCCUAAUCCUCUGGUCAUCCCUACCCCUCUAGUCAUCCCUGACCCUCUAGUCAUCCCUACCCUUGUGGUCAUCCCUACCCCUCUGGUCAUCCCUACCCUUGUGGUCAUCCCUAACCCUCUGGUCAUCCCUACCCUUGUGGUCAUACCUAACCCUCUGGUCAUCCCUACCCCCGUGGUCAUCUCUACCCCUCUAGUCAUCCCUAACCCUCUGGUCAUCCCUACCCCCGUGGUCAUCCCUACCCCUCUGGUCAUCCCUAACCCUCUGGUCAUCCCUACCCCCGUAGUCAUCCCUAACCCCCUGGUCAUCCCUACCCUUGUGGGCAUCCCUAACCCUCUGGUCAUCCCUACCCCUGUGGUCAUCCCUAACCUUCUGGUCAUCCCUACCCCUGUGGUCAUCCCGAACCCUCUAGUCAUCCCUACCCUUGUGGUCAUCCCUAAUCCUCUGGUCAUCCCUACCCCCGUGGUCAUCCCUAACCCCCUGGUCAUCCCUACCCCUGUGGUCAUCCCUAACCGCUGGUCAUCCCUAACAGCUGGUUAUCCCUACCCUGUGGUCCUCCCUACCCCUGUGGUCAUCCAUACCCCUGUGGUCUGA